AGUGGUGGUAAGCAUCGCUAAAGCAUUGCAUCGCCUGGCGUUUUAGAAUUCAACGUCACCCACUCCGUUUCCCACCUUCUCCAGGUGUACUGUUGCUUGGUACAAACUUCAAACACAUUUUCAGAUGGCGAUUAGAGCUCGAAAAGAAGACUGACACCUGCACUUCGAAACUGACGCGACAUUGGCUACCCACCAGUGCGGCGAUAUCACUCCAUCGGCCGUCCCAAACACGGCAGACUAAGCGCCAACAAUUGACCUUUCGCGACAGGGCCGCAGGCCAUGAGAGCACCGGUUCGACAUACCCCCUUGUAGAGUUUCGUGCAGGAUCAUUGCCCACGGGAGCCGCAUUGUCUUGUAUAUAUGGCGGGAAUCCAAUAUGACGAGAUAGCAGUCAUGGACGAAAUGAAGACAGGAGGCGACGAAGCAGUCGCUGGCGACCUGCAAGGUGUAGGUGCUGGGGUAACGCAGCUCGAGAGAUCGCCUCACAGCCUGACAAAGACACGAAGUCUGUCCGAUGGGGGAGGCGUACAGCUGUCACCAUCGCCCUUCAUAAUUGACACGAGAAGAACCUCGAAAGACGACAGCGAACUCAGAGAUAGCUCGGCGGCACCGAAUACGAGCGCAGCCCCUGUCACCCCACGGCGACCCGACUUUGGCUCGACGAUACGAAGCGGCUUGUCGUUGCAGAUAACCAGUCGCGACUCAUCCUCAACCACAACUCCGGGACAAGGACAAGCACAAGCGGCGACCUAUGUCAAACCUAGUCCUUUGUCCCCAAAACUCGACCAGUCCCACUCCUAUGCUUCUCCCACAAACAUUCUCCCCCGCCGCUCGCGGGGUCUUGACUUUUCAAGGGCAGCUACAAGUCUGCAUCACUCAACACUCGCCGAGCAGUCCUCGCCCGAUGCCUCACCAACCACUGGCGGAAGAGCAAUGAAUAUCCCCGCUCGAAGUUUUGGACAGUAUGGUACGGAGCAGUCCUCAAACUCCUUGUGGUCCGUCAUGGGCAAUCAGGAACGAAUGAACAUCUCGAGCUCGGUCGGUAGCGCCAAUCAUAUGAUAUUGGGGUCAGACAGCUCGUCGAGCUCCGACGACGACGACCUGAUGGACGAGGAAAUGGAAGACGCAUUUAUGGGCACCCCGCAAGCAACAAAGAGCGGUCAGGUCGCCGGGGUACCAUGGAUGCCCGGCAACUCGCCAGCCGCCAACAGUCUAAACAGCUUCAGGACUCGGCCGAGGAAACUACAGACCAGGAGAAAGCUCCGGGGCCCAUUGGGCUUGGGCUUCAACCCUGCCGCACCACCACCUGGUAUUUCCAAGUCGCCUCCUAAUAACGUGGUCAACGAGAUGAGGGACUCGCCUGGGGCACACGCAAGAAGGGAGAGCAUAAGCUGGGCUGCCAACCAGUUACAUAUCUCCGCUGUCGACGAUGAGCGGGCCAUGGAUUCAGCAGACAUUCCGCGAGACAAUCGGGGAGGUGUCAUCAAGCGAGUUGUGACACGACGAGGGAAUCUCCUGGUAUGGCUUUGGCUUCCCCAUCAGCUCGUGUUGGAGGUUUCCGUGCGCUAACUACUUAUACAGCCCAAGACUAAAGGCUUCGCGC